AUGGGCAGGGUCCCGCUGGUCUGGUGCUUGGCACUGUGUUGCUGGGGCUGCCUGGCUCCCAAGGGCACACAGGCUCAGACAGACCCCUUCGUGAAGAGCCCAGGGAACAUCACUGGUGCCCGGGGGCUCACAGGGACCCUUCGGUGUGAACUCCUGGUCCAGGAGGAGCCCCCUGAGGUGGCCUGGCUCCGGGAUGGGCAAAUCCUGGAGUUGGCGGACAGCACCCAAACCCAGGUGCCCCUGGGAGAAGAUGGAGAGGACGACUGGAAAGUGGUCAGCCAACUCAGAAUCUCGGUGCUACAGCUCUCAGAUGCAGGACGGUACCAGUGUGCGGUGGUCCUGAACGGAGAGACCUUCCUAUCCCAGCCUGGCUAUGUGGGGCUGGAAGGCCUGCCCUACUUCCUGGAAGAUCCUGAGGACAGGACUGUGGCUGCCAAUACCCCAUUCAACCUGAGCUGCCGAGCCCAGGGACCCCCAGAACCCGUGGACCUCCUCUGGCUCCAGGAUGCUGUCCCCCUGGUUCCAGCCUCAAGCCAGGACCCCCAGCACAACCUGCAAGUUCCAGGCCUGAACAAGACGUCCUCCUUCUCUUGCGAAGCCCAUAAUGCCAAGGGGGUCACCACAUCCCGUACAGCUACCAUCACAGUACUCCCCCAGCGGCCCAGAGACCUCCACCUUGUCUCCAGCUGGCCCACGGAGCUAGAGGUGGCUUGGACCCCAGGCCUGAGCGGGAUCUACCCACUCAACCACUGCACCCUACAGGCUGUGCUUUCAGACGAUGGAGUGGGCAUCUGGCUGGGAGGACCAGAGCCCCCGGAGGAGCCCCUCACCUUGCAAGCCUCCGUGCCACCACACCGACUUCGUGUGGGCAGCCUUCAUCCUCACACCCCUUAUCACAUCCGGGUGGCAUGUGCCAGCAGCCAGGGUCCCUCUCCCUGGACCCACUGGCUUUCUGUGGAGACCCCAGAGGGAGUGCCCUUGGGCCCUCCCGAGAACGUUAGCGCAGUGCUGAAUGGGAGCCAGGCCCUCGUCAGUUGGCAGGAGCCAAGGGCACCCCUGCAGGGCACCCUAUUAGGGUACCGGCUGGCAUAUCGAGGCCAGGACACCCCUGAGGUACUCAUGGAUGUGGGACUAAAGCAAGAGGUGAUCCUGGAGCUGCGUGGGGAAGGGACUGUACCCAAUCUGAUGGUGUCUGUGGCUGCCUACACUGCUGCUGGUGAUGGGCCCUGGAGCCCCCAGGUGCCACUGGAGCCCUGGCGCCCAGGGCAAGGACAGCCAAUCCACAAGCUGGUGAGCGAACCCCCAGCCCCUGCCUUCUCAUGGCCCUGGUGGUAUGUACUGCUGGGAGCAGUUGUGGCUGUUGCCUGUGUCCUCAUCUUGGCACUGUUCCUCAUCCACCACCGGAAGAAGGAGACCCGCUACGGGGAGGUGUUUGAACCAACAGUGGAGAGAGGUGAACUGGUGGUCAGGUACCACGUUCGCAAGUCUUACAGUCGUCGGACUACUGAAGCCACCUUGAACAGCCUAGGCAUCAGUGAAGAACUGAAGGAGAAACUGCGGGAUGUGAUGGUGGACCGACAUAAGGUGGCCCUGGGGAAGACUCUGGGUGAAGGAGAGUUUGGAGCUGUGAUGGAGGGCCAACUCAACCAGGAUGACUCCAUUCUCAAGGUGGCUGUGAAGACAAUGAAGAUUGCCAUUUGCACUCGGUCGGAGCUGGAGGAUUUCCUGAGUGAGGCCAUCUGUAUGAAAGAGUUUGACCACCCCAACGUCAUGAGGCUCAUCGGUGUCUGUUUCCAGGGCUCUGAACGUGAAGGCUUUCCAGCACCUGUGGUCAUCCUGCCAUUCAUGAAACACGGAGACCUCCACAGUUUCCUCCUCUAUUCACGACUCGGGGACCAGCCAGUGUUCCUGCCCACUCAGAUGCUGGUGAAGUUCAUGGCAGACAUCGCUAGCGGCAUGGAGUAUCUGAGCACCAAGAGAUUCAUACAUCGAGACCUGGCUGCCAGGAACUGCAUGCUAAAUGAGAACAUGUCCGUGUGCGUAGCCGACUUUGGACUCUCCAAGAAGAUCUACAACGGGGACUACUAUCGCCAGGGACGCAUCGCCAAGAUGCCAGUCAAAUGGAUCGCCAUCGAGAGCCUGGCUGACCGCGUCUACACUAGCAAGAGCGAUGUGUGGUCCUUUGGGGUGACGAUGUGGGAGAUUGCCACACGGGGCCAAACCCCGUACCCAGGUGUGGAGAACAGCGAGAUUUACGACUACCUGCGUCAGGGGAACCGUCUGAAGCAGCCUGUGGACUGUCUGGAUGGAUUGUAUGCACUGAUGUCCCGUUGCUGGGAGCUAAACCCCCGGGACCGGCCAAGUUUUGCAGAACUGCGCGAGGACCUGGAGAACACACUGAAGGCCCUGCCCCCUGCCCAGGAGCCUGACGAAAUCCUUUAUGUUAACAUGGAUGAGGGUGGAGGUCAUGCUGAACCCCUUGGAGCUGCUGGAGGAGCUGAACCCCCCAGCCAGCCCGACCCUAAGGAUUCCUGCAGCUGUCUCGCAGCGGUCGAGGUCCAUCCUGCUGGGCGUUACGUUCUUUGUCCUUCCACAGCCCCUGGCCCCACCCUGCCAGCUGACAGGGGCUCCCCAUUACUCCCAGGGCAGGAGGAUGGAGCCUGA